CUUGUUUUCUGAUUGGCUGUCCCGCCUGUAACUCAUCGAACGGUUGCUAGGCGGAGGAGGCAGGAAGAGACGUUAGAGGAGGCGGGAGUUAGCAAUAUCAUCAUGGCGGGAUGCAUGAAAAUUAUAAAUGGUUACAUUUCAGCAAGUUCGAAGUUAAUGGUUUUUACAGUGCUUUUUAUGUGUCUACCUCAAACGUCACACCAAUUUACAGGUGACAUCCGUCCAAUAGUUGAUCUUCAAGAUGGCGAGCAGUACCUUAUGUUGGGGCCCAAACUGUUCUGCUACAAAAACACAGUUGCUCCAACCUGGAGACAAACGUGGACAAGGAUUCAUGUGAAAGUGUGGAGUUCAAAGGUCUUUAAGGUGGAAACUGUGGAAGGUGAAGAAGAGCUGCAGGAGCUGGAGCGCUUCAGUGUCUGGAGCUGGUUUAGAUUUUUUCUACGUGGACAGCAAAAUGAAACCGUUAUUAACAUCAACUUGUUCUGCAAAAAGACAUGCUUCAAGGUGGAUCCUACAGCAGGAGCUCAGUACACCGUCAAACCAAUCCGCAAGUUUGACAUCUAUCUGUUUUUGGUCUUCCUCUCCGGUGCGCUGUUGUUUGUUUUUGCAGAAUCUCUGAGCAGGAGUCAAAUCUUCUUCUACUCUGCUGGAAUGAGCACAGGCAUGAUCGCCUCUCUGAUCAUCCUUUUUUUCAUUCUGUCACGCUUUUUGCCAAAGAAAAGCCCCUUUUACAUGCUUAUUGUGGGCGGAUGGUCUUUCUCUCUGUAUGCCAUCCAGCUGGUCUGCAGAAACCUCGGGGUAAUUCUGCGAGAGCACUGGCAUGCUGCAUUAGGCUACGUAACAGUGGUGGGAUUCAUCAGUUUCGCUGUGUGCUACCGCUACGGCCCCCUGGUGGACGAGAAGAACAUCAACAUCCUGUCAUGGACGCUGCAACUGUUUGGACUGCUUCUAAUUUAUCUGGGAAUUCAGAUCCAGCAAGUUGCCUUUGCUAUCAUUCUGGCGUCUUUGCUCUCCAAAAAUCUGGAGUACCCAGUCAUCCUGGCAUUGACGGUGUGGAGGAAAGUCAGAGGUUACAUUUAUUGGAAGCCCCAGCCGCGCCGCCUGCUCACUGAGGAGGAGUAUCAGAAAGAAGCAGAAGAAGAAACCCGCCGUGCGCUGGAGGACCUGCGUAAAUACUGCAACAGCCCAGAGUUCAGUCCCUGGAAGGCCGUGUCCAGGCUUCAGUCCCCAAAAAGGUUUGCCGAUUUUAUCGAAGGAUCCCCACACUUGAAGUCAAACGAGGUGUCCGUCCACGCGCAGGAAUACGGUUUUGGAGGAAGCUUCUUUGAGGACGAGUUCUUCGACACAGACGAUGAGGAGGACAGUGAAGAAGAACUGAAGCCUAUGAUGAAGCCCGAGUGAGAGAGCAGAAGAAGAAGAAUCAAACUGCACCCUCUCUGACGGGCAGGCUGGGGAACGCCUCGCUGGGGUUGUCCAGAUUUUCAUGCUCGAUGGAGGAAAUCUCUGGACUGGGCUCCAGCCGGAGCGAUCACAGACGCAAAAGAAAGGUUGAGCACUUCAGGCGUAUGAAUGCUAAUUCAGAUGCUAAAUGGGUAAAUUUACACUGAGAGUUUUUUUGAGUGAGUUACAUCAGGUUUUACUUUGACUAGACACGCGUUUCAAACCCAAAGGCUGUGAAUGGAGAGAAUCCGCUUCACGUUUUCUCCACACGGAGACUCCUACUUUUGUAACCAUUAUUUCAGAAUAAAGAAUGGACGUGCAUUUUCUUCAUGUUGAUUUUAAUGGAAAUAUCUGUGAAACUGUCCUAAAGUAUUUUGAAUAAAAAAAUUAUAUGUUUAUGUUUACUAUA